CUGGAGAGAUACUGUCACACAUUACACGAUUCUGAUCAGCACUCUUUUCUAUUGCCAAUAGAUCCUGAUUAUCACAAACCAGAGGUCUCAGGGCCAAAACAAUUCAAGCAGUGCACACACACACAACACAGUAUCCUGUGAUAGAACCACUAUCAGCACCUGACACCUAGAAAACAGGAAAAACGUUUCAGCAGGAACACAGAUGUGUUGGAGUGUUUGGAGGAGGAGCAAGAACACAACUAUAUAACCCCAGUGGAUCGAUGUCUCAACUUCACUCCGCUGAGAGAGGAGAGGAACUGCCUCCGCCAUGUCAUACUACGAGCAUAUCUUCGUGGAGUACGACUACAACGACACAGGCUCUGGUUCUGGUUCAGGUGAUUUGGGGGUUGAUCUCGAGGAGCCCUGUGAUGUGGAGCACAUAAUGACUGCUGACCUUCAGCAGGUCUUCUUGCCUGUGGUCUACGCCCUCAUCUUCACCCUGGGCAUCACUGGAAACGGCCUGGUUGUUGUAGUGCUGGGCUGCCAGCGCAGGUCCAAGUGUAGCCUCACAGACCGGUAUCGCCUCCACCUCUCAGCUGCUGAUCUCCUCUUUGUUCUGGCGCUGCCGUUCUGGGCUGUGGACGCAGCCAUGGCUGACUGGCGCUUUGGAGCGGCCACCUGCAUUGGUGUGCAUGUCAUCUACACGGUCAACCUGUACGGCAGUGUGCUCAUCCUGGCAUUCAUCAGCCUGGACCGGUACCUGGCGGUGGUGCGAGCCACGGACACUAACACUGGUGGGCUGAGGCAGCUGCUGGCACACAGACUGGUAUAUGUGGGUGCCUGGUUGCCUGCUGGCCUCCUGGCAGUGCCUGACUUGAUAUUUGCCCGGACACAGGAAGGAGGAGAAGGGGCCACUCUGUGCCAGCGAUUCUACCCAGAAGACAACGCUCCCCUCUGGGUUGCAGUCUUCCACCUGCAGCUAGUCCUGGUGGGUCUGGUGAUCCCAGGCCUGGUCCUCCUGGUGUGCUACUGUGUGAUCGUCACCAGGUUGACCCGAGGCCCUCUUGGGGGCCAGAGACAGAAGCGGAGAGCGGUCAGGACCACCAUUGCUUUGGUUCUCUGCUUCUUUGUGUGCUGGCUGCCCUACGGAGCGGGCAUCUCUGUGGACGCUCUGCUGCGCCUGGAAGUCCUGCCCCGCAGCUGCAGCCUGGAGGCCGCUCUGGGCGUGUGGCUGGCAGUGGCUGAACCCAUGGCAUUUGCGCACUGCUGCCUGAACCCGCUGCUGUAUGCCUUCCUGGGAGCCGGAUUCAAGAGUUCUGCUCGCAGAGCCCUCACACUGAGCCGAGCCUCCAGUUUAAAGAUUUUACCACGAAGACGGCCUGGAGCCUCCACGACCACGGAGUCCGAGUCCUCUAGUUUACAUUCCAGUUAGUGUUUGGUUGCGCUGUAUAUAUACAUGUAUAUACUAUGUAUAGAUAUAUAUAUGUGUGUGUGUGUGUGUGUGUGUAUCUGUAAAGUCGUCUACAGAACAUACCUGAGAAAGUAAGAAGCAGUCUGCUGGCCCAUGACUUGUCUUCUCUUUCUUUGUGGGAUUUUGGAAUUUUUCUUGUAAAUACUGUGAUUUCCUGUUUAAUUGUAUACUGUUGUAUCUGUUUGUAAUAAAAUACACA